CACACACACUCGGUGCUCGGCCAGUGAAGGGAACGGAGCUCUCUCGCUCGCGGUGUACACUCGCUCUUUCGUGCCGCCGCCGCUGCCGCCACGAUAUCGCGAUGCCACGAGGCGAACGGCCUUUUCUCCUGCCGUGAUCGAGUUAGUCUGCAGUUGGCGCUCGCGACGACGAAUCGGUAGCGUGUAGGACAUGUCGCUCGGUGAGUUCGAUGCUCAGCGAGUUCUCGUCUCCGGACACCAGUUGCUUCUGCGCUGCGAGUAACCCACACUCGUAUAUACCUAAAGCGAAGAGGAAAUAUAAUAGCGAUACACGCGUGAAAGUUCUCUGGGCCAUCGGUCAAUGGGACUCUUGGCCGGGACACACGCGGUUGCUGCUGCUGGACUGAAGAACAGUGCUGAGAGCAUCCCCGUCGAUGUGACACUGCUCACUGGGUGCUGAUGCUUCUUCGUAAGCUUACCCCGCACCGAAGAAUGCCUCAGUUACUUCCUCCGCUGUUGCUGCUGCUGCUGCUGAUCCUCAGUGCUGCAAGCGCCACUGAGCCAAGAUGCGGUCAUCCAGCGGUGCCAAUGAAUGCGAGGAUCUCUUUGUCGGACGAGUCGCUCAAGGUCGACACUACGGCGGUCUACACCUGCGACGUGGGCUAUGAACUAUUCGGCGCAAAUACCCUGAGCUGCGGGAACAAAGGAAAAUGGCAAGGAGAGCUGCCUUUCUGCGGAGUGAACGUCGGCUUCAGAAAACCGGCCAACCAGUCGACGACAGUUCGAGGAGGUGAUGCCGGACACGGGAACGACGGUGACCUCAGCACUGAGCACGACGGCAAGAGGUGCACUGAGACCCAGCGGGAACCCAGUCCCUGGUGGAGGGUCGACCUCCUCAAGCCCUACUCGGUCAAGGUCGUCAGAGUUACGACCCGAGGCUGCUGCGGUCAUCAACCUCUGCAGGAUAUCGAGAUCCGCGUGGGCAACAGCAGUGCCGAGCUACAGAGGAAUCCACUUUGCGCUUGGUUUCCGGGAACGAUCGAGGAGGGUACCACCAAGACGUUCACCUGCGCUCGUGCCCUCAUCGGGCAGUACGUCUUUCUGCAGCUCGUCGGCGUCGAGGGCAGUCUGAGCCUCUGCGAGGUCGAGGUUUUCGCGACGGACGAGUUCUCGGUGGAUAGGUGCGCUAACGCCGGCACGCCGGCCGACGCCGAUCUGACGGCUUUCAACUCGACGUGCUACGAAUUCGUUACCAACAAGGGCGACACAUUCCAGCAGGCGAGGAACUACUGCAAGAGCCGAGGCGGCGACCUGGUGCACGGUUUUAAGGGAAUCUCCUCGACGUUCAUUCUGAACAAUUUGGAGAGGCGCAAGGGCAAGCUCAAGACGCAGCUGGUGUGGAUCGGAGCGCAGAAGGAGCCGCUCAUUACCGUGAGGACGUGGAAAUGGGUUGACGGUGAAGUCAUUCAAAAGCCCCACUGGGGCAAGGACCAGCCGAACAACUACAACGGCGAACAGAACUGCGUUGUCUUGGACGGCGGACGAUCCUGGCUUUGGAACGACGUCGGAUGCAACUUGGACUAUCUUCACUGGAUAUGUCAAAGCACGCCUUCGACAUGUGGGAGCCCGGAGAAGCGGGAGAACACGACGAUCGUCAGUUCGAAAACCACAAUAGGAUCCACGAUCGAGUAUCUCUGCCCGGAUGGCCAUAUGCUACUGGGUUCGAAGAACAGAAUGUGCGAGCCCAGUGGAUUUUGGAGCGGCACACCGCCGACUUGCAAAUUCGUCGAUUGCGGUCCGCUCGACGACCCCGAGAACGGCAUGAUCAAGUUGGUGGACAAUCGUACGACUCACGGAGCUUUUGCCGAUUACACCUGUAACGAAAAUUAUACCUUGGUCGGAGAUGCGAAAAGAAGAUGCGGAGACGGCGGAAUCUGGAGUGGCCAUAAACCCCAGUGUCUAUUCGACUGGUGUCCAGAGCCGCCACAAAUCAGCGGGGGUCUUGUGUCAUUCAGUGGGAAACGGGCUGGAUCCAUAGCGACUUAUUCUUGUCAGAAUGGCUUCGUAUUGUUUGGAGACAACGUCCUGACGUGCGACAUUGGAGGCCAAUGGUCGGGCAGGACACCGCGGUGUCGUUACGUUGACUGCGGCGCCCCGGCCCAAAUAUCUCACGGUAUGGUGAAGCUCAUCAACGGCACCACGACAGUCGGCAGUCGCAUCGAGUACAGCUGCGACGAGGACUUUGAAAUUUCGGGCGAUGCCAGACAAGAGUGCACCAUUGACGGGAAGUGGAGCUACAGAGAGAAGCCUCAGUGCUACAUGAUAAGCUGCGACGAGCCAGAGGUUUCGAAAGGAAGCUAUGUCACGACAGGCAGUUACGAUUACUUCAUACACAGUACUAUCGAGUAUCACUGCGAUCCGGGAUACCUUCUGCACGGCGAACCCAAGCGUACGUGUGAUCAUAACGGAGAGUGGACUGGAGAUUUGCCAUAUUGCGAGUAUAUCGACUGCGGCAAGGUUCUACCGAUUCCGAACGGCAUAGUCAACUACGUCAACGGUACCCAAGACACGCGACACACAUUCUUGGGCAGCGAGAUCAUGUACAGCUGUUCGAAAAAUUACAGACUCGUCGGGACCUCGAGGCGUUACUGCCUGGACAAUGGAGCGUGGAGCGAUAGCACUCCGAAAUGCGAAGAAAUAAGGUGUCCAGAGCCUGUGCUGGCUAAGCACGCCAUUCUCUCACUGACUGGAAACGAUCGCAUGUACGGCCGAACGCUCAUAAGGACGGGAACCGCGGACAACACUAACUCUGGCGCGACCUCCUACAAAAUCGGCGCCCUCGCCAAAUAUCGAUGCGAGCGCGGUUACAAGGUCGUCGGCAAUCCACUGUCCAGCUGCGAGGAGAACGGAACUUGGAGCGGCAGCGUACCUCAGUGUGUGUAUGUUGACUGUGGCAAACCAAUGGAUAUAGAGCACGGUCAAUACACGCUCACAUCGAACGUGACGUAUUACGGAGCUGCGGUUCUUUACGAAUGUGAUGGAAACUAUGAACUCGAUGGCUAUGCCCGGAGACUGUGCCUUGAUAAUGCUACCUGGAGCAACGAAACUCCCGUGUGCAAAGAGAUUAAAUGCAACGAGCCAGAAAAGCUUGGGAUGGCAAGCACUCAAAUAUCGACUUACAGCGUUGGGGGUGUCGCCCAUUACAACUGCCCCAGAGGAUACUAUAUGGAAGGCAAUGCCACUAGGAUUUGUCUACAAAAUGGAUCCUGGACUGGUGCUGCUCCAUUUUGUUUUCCUGUGGAUUGUAAGCACCCACCAACGAUAGAGAAUGGUAGAGUCAUCGUUAAUUCGUCCACGACCUACGGAGGAACCGUCGAGUAUCACUGCAUACCGCCAUUCGAGAGAGUCGGCCUCUUUUUGAGAAAGUGCCUGGAUAGUGGAAUGUGGAGUGGCGAGGAGCCGAAAUGCGAAAAACCAACUAACGAAGUGGCCGAGCCACAAGCAAUCGGCACGAGUGUAGGAAUUGCAGCUGGAGUCAUAAUUAUUAUUUUGAUCGUCAUUGGCUUGGUCUACAUCAGACUGAGGAAAGCGACGCCCGUAAAGAACACCGAAAAUGUCCAAGCGGCUGAACGCAAGGAGGAUCAAAACGCAGCCGUCAUGUCUUACGCGACUUUGAAUGACGGCCUACCGAAUACCAUGUAUGAAAAUGUUCCUGAGGAUGGUUUAUACGAUCAUCCCUACAGUAUGAGCGGCAGUACUUACGGAUACGGCACAGGCCAGGGAAGAAGAAAUUACAACAGGUCUGGACACUACGAAGCAGAACCAGUGGUGAGGAAUGGAAUCACUAUCAACGGAGUGGCCGUCAGAUAGUUUACAAUGCUGAACUGAUUGAAAACCAUAGUCAAAGAGUUCCAAAACGUAAUUUACAACUAUUAUAGAUGGCCGAUAAAACGAAACUUUGUACAUAAGUUUUACGGCUAUCCACCAACCGACGACAGAUUCCCCAUAUUUUUUUAUUACGUGUACAAUCUAUUUUUAUCUUCAAUAUACUCAAUUUCAGAUUUUUUAAAUUUCUAUUGAAAGCUUUAGACCAAGAAUGAAGUAUUAUGUUAGUUGUUUUUUUUAAACUAGAGCUUAGGUAUUUUAUACUAUUUGUUUCGUUAAUUGUUUCAGCUCGGUAACGAAGGUAUGUGCAAAUGUAAUAGCAUUUCUAAACGGAUACGAAUUAGUAAUAUAUUGAAGUAUGCAUUAUGAAAUAAAUAUUUGUCUAACAUUUACACAUACUUUUGUCAGAUGCUUAAAAAUAGUGAGUUCAUAUUGUAAAUAGUUUUGGAAGCAAUCGAAGUAAUGGGCGCGAUGAAUAUGUUCCGUCCAUGAAAAUGUGUAGACCAAGUUUACACAGCCAUGUGGCGCCUUGUAAAUGUAUUUUUGUAUAUAUAAACCAGCGUCAAAACCAUUUUAGUUUUUGCUUAUGGGUAGAAUUAGAAUGUAUCUUUAUAUCCUAGAUAUAGACACACGCAAAGUGAAAAAUUAUUUGUUAAAAUAGAAAGCGAUUAUGUAAUAAAAUGGAUAAUAAAAUAACAAGUACCUAUCAUUACAAAA